AUGGCUCCGUACGUCCUGACACCACUCUCCGACUUCGAACAACGACUCGGGCAACCUGAUCAUUCCUCGCUGAACGAUGCUUCAUCAACUGGUGUUGCAACCCCCACAUCUUCAGCAUCCGACUCUGGCAACUCCAUGACCAACGAAGCAACCGGUGCUUCGACACACCAUACGAGCCACACAAAUGGAGACCGGGAGUCAACUGCCAUCAACCCAGACGGAGCAGCAGCCCCCCAACCCCACAAGUACGAAGAUGCGUACACGGACGGGUACAAAGAUGGCUACACACUCGCCCACAUUGAGCUAAAGCACCAACCCAUAGCCAUAAUCGGCAUGUCCUGCCGCCUCCCCGGGAGCGUCAGCACACCCGACGAGUUCUGGGAACUCCUCGCACGCUCCCGAACGGGAUAUUCCGGUAUCCCAACCGCCAGAUUCUCAGGAAAGCGAUUCUUCCACCCCAACCCGGGUAAGAGCGGCAGCACGAACGCCCGUGGUGGGAAUUUCCUCACGCAUGAUUUGACUGCAUUUGAUGCGCCGUUCUUCGGGUUCACGCAGCAAGAAGCGAUUAGUCUUGAUCCGCAGCAGCGGUUGCUGCUCGAGUGCACAUUCGAAGCGCUGGAGAGCGCUGGUAUCCCGAAGCACGACGUCGUCGGUAAAGAUGUGGGGUGUUUUGUCGGCGGUACUUUCUCAGAGUAUGAGGCGGAUCUGUUUCGGGAUCCGGAUACGAUUCCCAUGCAUCAGGCUACAGGUACCAUGGCCAUCGCCGCAGGCGUGCACCUCAACAUGCUCCCCGAAUUCUGGGUCUCGUACUCGAUGUCGCGCCUCUUUGGCGAGGAGGGAAGGUCGUACGCGUUUGACCAGCGCGGAACGGGGUAUGGGCGUGGUGAAGGGUGUGGUAUGGUGCUGCUUAAGCCACUUGAGCAGGCGGUUAAGGAUAAUGAUCCGAUUAGGGCUGUUAUCACAGGGAGUGGGAUUAAUCAGGAUGGAAAGACACCUGGUAUCGCGGGCGUGAUCAAAACCGCGUUGAUGCUGGAGCGCGGUUUCAUCCUACCAAACUACGACUUCAAGCAUCCCAACGAGAACAUCCCCUUCGACGAGUGGGGCCUGAAAGUUGCCACACGGCAGCAACCCUGGCCCUCCGGCAAGCGCUGGGCAAGCGUGAACGGCUUCGGUUUCGGAGGAACCAAUGGACACGUAGUGAUGACGCGGGGUCCACUAGAGCGGAAGACGAUGAAAGAAGAAGUCGACACACAGACCUUCGAGCGGCUCUUCGUGCUCUCGGCAAACGACAAGGCGAGUGCGGAGAAGACGAUGCAAGGGCUGGGGAUCUACCUCGAGCAGCGCCCAGAAGUGUUCCAGAACGAUCUCCUAAGCAAUCUGGCGUACACGCUGGGACAGCGCAAGUCCUUCCACCCAUGGCGCAUCGCUGUGUCUGCGUCCUCCAGCGUCGAGCUGGUCGAAACGCUGUCUAACGGGAAAAUCAGCCCGUGCAAGCAAGACGCGGACACGCUGCGCUUGGGGUGGAUAUUCACCGGCCAAGGAGCGCAAUGGUGGGCUAUGGGCCGGGAGCUCUGCCAUACUUAUCCGAUAUAUGCUGCUGCACUGAAGCUGGCGGACGCGCACCUGAUCUCCAUCGAUGCCGACUUUUCGCUUCUGGAGGAGCUUGAAAAGGAUGAGGAUACGACUCUGAUCAAUGCCGCGUACUUGUCCCAGCCGUCGUGCACCGCAGUCCAGCUCGCCCUCGUAGACCUCCUGCGGUCCUGGGGAAUCCGCCCCACUGCCGUAGCCGGUCACUCGUCUGGUGAGAUAGGGGCUGCGUAUGCGGCCGAACUCAUCACAUUCGAGGAUGCGAUGACCAUAGCGUAUCACCGCGGCCGUCUGGUGCCAAUCCUGAAGAAAACGUACCCUGCGCUCAAUGGAUGCAUGAUGGCCGUCGGAGCAAGCAGAGACCAAGUCGUGCCGCUGCUCGAUCAGAUCUGCCCUUCGCUGGGGCAGGCGAAGAUCGCGUGCAUCAACAGUCCGUCCAGUAUCACCAUCUCCGGCGACGAGCCGGCGGUCGUGUUCCUGCAGGCGCUGCUCGAGAACGAGUAUCCGGGGAUGUUUACGUCUGGGGUCCGAUUCUACUCAUCCCUCCUCGGCCGUCUGGCUACCAGCGAAGAGCUCGACCCAACCUACUGGGUGCAGAACUUGACGUGCGCCGUGCGAUUCGACGAGGCAGUACAAGCCAUGUGCCGCCCAACACAGGACCAGAAGAUGCCCGUCAACCACCUCUGCGAGCUAGGCCCGCACGCCGCGCUGCAAGGCCCCAUCAAGCAAAUCCUAAAGCACGUCGGCGGUUCCGCUGCGAAAACAACAUACACAUCCGUUCUCCAACGGAAGAAGAACGCCGUCACAACCGCUCUGAGCAUGGCAGGCAGCCUGUUCGUAAAAGGCGCCAUGCUGGACAUGGGCAGCAUCAACUUCCCCACAGCGCUGGAGAGAGCGCCACAGGUGCUAGUCGACAUGCCGCGAUACUCCUGGAACCACGGCUCCAAAUUCGUCCACGAGAACAGAAUCACGAGUAUCCACAAGCACCACGAUACACCGCGCCACGACAUCAUCGGCGUGCUGGCGUCGUAUUCCAACGACGCUGAGCCGACGUGGAGAAACAUUGUCCGCUUGGAUGACCUGCCCUGGCUGCGACAGUACCAGAUGCAGGGCGUCACUGUGUUCCCCAUCUCCGGCUUCUUAGCCAUGGCCAUCGAAGCCGCAGCGCAGCGAGCGAUGUCAACGAACACGCCCUGGGAGCACAUCGAAGUCGAAGACCUCGUCGUCAAGGCCCCCGUCAUGCUAUCAGAGGAGGAGCUAGAAAUGACCAUCGAGUUGAGAGCGCACCAAGACCAGGAUGACGCGGGUGCGUCGCAGCACUUCAUCGUGCGCAGCUGGUCUCGUGCGCGCGGCUGGAAUGAGAACUGCACAGGCGCAAUCAGCCUCGUGCAGACGAGUCUUGACAAGGUCGACGGGCAACGUGCGCAGAAACUCAAGCGGCAGAACUUAUACGCCAAGAGUGUGGAUAUUGCUCAGGCCGCGACCGAAUGCAUCUCUGCCAGCCACAUGUACGCGCAGCUAUCCGAGAUCGGGGUCGCGUAUGGAGGUCUAUUCCAAGGGCUUUCGCAGUGCCACACGUCGCCCCGUGGAUCGGUCGCGCGCGUCGUUAAGACCGACACUACGCUCGAAAUGCCGCAUCACUACGAGACAGAGUACAUACUGCAUCCAGCGUCGAUGGAGCAGCUCGUCUCGAUGUACUGGCCUGUGCUUUCUGCGCUCAGUCCUCUGGGGACGGUGCACCUCCCCGGCUCGAUCGGGAAAGUAACGAUAUCGGCGCGCGCGCUGGACUUGUUCAGAGCCCCGGGCGAUACGCUGCGGGCUCCCAUUAUCGCCAUCGAAGACCUGUGCACGGCGCCGAUAGUGGAGUCCAGAGACACCUCGCAGGACGCUGAGCCGCAAGAGCUGUGCUACAAACUAGACUGGGAGGCUGUCCCUGACGCGCAGGACGCGAGCGACGAGCGAGACUCGACCCCGUGUCUCGAUGCCGAAAUCGUCAUCGUCCACGGCGACACAGAUGAACAGACCCACCUCGCUGCCGAGCUCGCGAGCCACCUUGCCGAAACGUACGGGACCAGAGUCACCAGCGGCUCGCUCGAGGAUGUCGCGCCCGUGGCCAAGGACAAGCUUUGUCUCGUCGUGACCGAGCUGGACCGACCUCUGCUCGCCACCCUGAGCGCAGCGCAAUUCUCAGCGCUGCAGAACACCCUCCUGAGCGUCCAGGGCAUCAUGUGGGUGGUGAAGGGCGCCUAUCAGCAGUCGACACACCCCGAGUCGAACAUGGUGUCCGGGCUGAGCAGGACGCUGCGCUCCGAGGGCGCGCUGAACGAUUUCGUCACGCUCGAUUUCGCGGCUGGAGAGCAUGUGCGCUCGCCCGCGCUGGUGUCGACCAUCUGCCGCGUUUUCCGCAUGGCGUUUGGCGGCACGGACAGGGUCGAGGAGAAGGAGUUCUGGGCGCGCGACGGAGCUUUGUUCACGCCGCGCGUUCUUGACGACCGCGAUAUGAACGCCUAUGUCCACGAAAAGAUGCAUCCUGCCGCGACCGAGCCGGCGAGUCUGUGCGACGUCGCGAGACCGCUGCGCGCAUCCGUUGCGAUGUCCGGCGCGGCUGAGAGUGUCGGGUUCAGAGACGAUGGCCGCGUCGCACAGCCUCUACCCGAAGACUGUGUUGAUGUCCAAAUCCAGGCUGUCGGUCUGUGUGCAUCUGAUCUCAAGCAAGUGGGCAGAUUGGGAAUGGAGUGCAGCGGCGUCGUGGUCGCGGCCGGGUCCAAGGUGCCCAAUCUGUGCGUCGGCGACCGCGUUGCAGCCAUCACGACAGCAGGCUCGUUGUCGACCGUUGCGCGCGUGCAUUAUAGGCUCGUCCUCAAGGCUCCGGCGCACAUGUCGUUUGAAUCGCUGGCGACCAUGCCCGUUGCAUACUGCACGGCCGUGCAUGCUCUCAUGGACCAGGCGCGGCUGGCCGCGGGCGAAAGCGUGCUCGUACACGACGCUGCGAGCCCAGUGGGCCAGGCCGCGUUGGCAGUGGCACUGAUGAUCAAAGCAGACCCAUGGGUGACUGUGAAGACCGAGGAGGAAAAGGCCUUCGUCAUGCGCCACUUCGCCAUUCCACAAGACCGCAUCUGGUCCGCGGGAGCUACACACUUUGCGGACAGAAUCCAAGACGAGACCCGCGGACACGGCGUGGACGUCGUGUUCAACACUCUGGCCGACCGACGCGUCGCUCGCGCGACAUGGGCAUGUCUUGCCCGAUUCGGUCGCUUCGUCAACAUCGCAGGCGACCAGCAUUUGUCUCUCGACAUGGCAUGCGCGACGAAUGCAGCGGUGUUUUCGGUAGACUUUACCGCGCUUGCAGAACACCGUCCAGCGACUGCCCAGCGCUUACUCGCUGAUGUGUCUCGAAUGCUGCAUUAUGGCCAGAUUCAAGGCCUGCAGAACAUCCGGUCUUUCAGCGCUGCCGAUACCGCAGCGGCAUUGCAUCACGUCGCUUCGGCGAACAUGGCGGAGCGCAGUGUCGUUGUUUUCCAACGCGGCAAUAUCGUUGUAGCACCACGUGUCAAGAAAGACAUGCAGCUCCUGCGCGAGGACGGCACGUACAUCCUCAUCGGCGGCACAGGAGGCCUCGGCCGCAAGAUGGCCGAGUGGAUGGUGCGGAAAGGCGCAAAGCACAUUGUCCUGCUCUCACGCAGCGGCGCGCUCAGAGGUCAAGCUGCCGGGCAAAUCGCAGCACUGAGAAACGGCGGAGCCAACAUCGUGGUGCGCAGCUGCAACGUCAGCAGCAGAGUCGACGUCGACCAUCUGAUACUCCACGGGCUCUCGGACCUACCACCAGUCCGCGGCGUGAUCCACGGCGCCAUGGUGCUACACGAUGUUCUUUUCGAGAACAUGACGUACGAGCAGUACACGACCGUCGUAUCCUCCAAGGUGCAGGGCGCGUGGAACUUCCACGACGCGCUGGCCUCGCGCUCCAACGCGCUCGACUUCUUCAUCUUGAUCUCCUCGGCGGCCGGCGCAGUCGGCAACCGCGGCCAAGCGGCUUACGCAGCAGCAAACACGUUCCUCAACGGCUUCGCACAGUUCCUGCGCGCGCGGGGCAUAAACGCCGCCUCGCUCGACCUGACGGCCGUGUCGGACGCCGGCUACCUGGCCGAAGACGCCGACAAGGCCGCAGAGGUAGCGCGCACUCUGGGCAGCGACACCAUCUGCCUGGCGCAGGUGCUCGCGCUGCUGCAGGCGGCCGUCGAGGGGGGGCUGACGAGCUGCAACGCGCACCCCAUCACGGGGAUGCGGAUUGCGCCUACGAGCAAGCCGUUCUGGUCCACUGAUGCCAAGUUUGCGCACCUGCUGCGCGCCGCAGAGGCUCAUGCUUCGGCGGGCUGCACGGCCGUGGCGGUCCCGUGGAACACGCAGUUCCGGGGGGCGGCCUCGCGCAGCGAAGCGGAGAGCAUUGUGUGUGCGGCGCUGGUCGAGAAGAUUGCAGAGGUUGUGUCGAUGGAGCAGGAGGACCUGGACCCGGAGCGGAGUUUGAGCUGCUAUCCGCUGGACUCGCUGACGGCGAUUGAGGUUCGCAACUUCAUCACUCGGAUGUUUGAGAGUAACUUGCAGGUGUUGGAGCUGCUGGCGAGUGGGAGCGUGAAGAGUUUGGCAGCGGUCGUUGUGGGGAAGACCAAGGUGAAGCUGCCAGGGGCAUGA